UAUAUAACAUGUAUAUUUCAUGUAUAAAAGUCAUGCCAAUUUACGCUUAGCAGUUAUUGAAAGAAAAUUAAAUACAUUGUUUCAGACAAUAACGAAUAAAGGGAUUGUUGUUUAAAAUACGAUAUAGCUAUAUGUGCAAUAACAGUGUUUAUAAUAUUUACAAACGAGAGGUCAAUUACAAGUUAACUGUUUAAGUAUAGAGAAAACAACAAAUAUUAAAUAUGGAAAAUGGUACCAUAGAUUUGGCAGAGCAACUUAACGAUGAAUUUACACAGGCUAUUUUACCAGUCACCAUUAUUGUUGGAAUUGAAGUUGUUUUUGGAUUCGUCGGAAAUCUGCUCGUGAUCUACGUUUUCCUGUUUCAUUAUCGAGUUUGCACCUUCCGAUACUUUGUCCUUUGUCUGGCAUUCAUUGACAUAACAUGCUGUAUUACAACAAUGUCAGGGGAGGUAGUUACACAGUUGUAUUGGUACGUGUAUCCGGUGCGAGAACUGUGUAAAAUAAAGUCGUUCUUCAACGUAUUUACGGUUACCGCCGAGGCUUUGUGUUUAGUGACAAUAGCUUUGGAUCGAUACAGGAAAGUGUGUCGACCUUUUGGUUGGCAACUGAAGCCUCGAGUGGCCAUAUAUCUAUGUGUGAUAUAUUACAUUAUUGCAUUAUGUGUUGCCCUUCCGACUCCGUUCUUUUGGGGUUUGCAUUCGGAGACAAAAAUAUACAGAAAUACGUCUAUUACCGUUAUACUGUGCGAAAAAGAUGAAGCAUUCAUGCAAACUGAUUAUCCAAUGGGCUAUAUCUCUUCAGUGGGUGCCAUCAUCAGUGUUCUAUUGGUUCUGAUGUUUGUACAGUACGUGUUUGUUGCCAUAAAACUUCUGAAAGAACGACAACAAAGGAUGAAGUCUGGGAAGCCAACUACAAAAACAUCUUCAUCUACAGCUUCUACAUCACAUUGUACCAUUGCAACAUCCGGUAUAAGGUCAACUGAGAAUACGCGCAGCAAUGAUUCAGCAAUAAGCGUUUGCGAUGACAAAACUGAUGAAAUUGUCACAUCAGCAGCCUUUAUAGAAUCAGAUAUACGGACCGACAAGAAGGAAACAAUUCAUUCUGAGAAACCCAAAAAGACGAAAACACGAAAACAACGUGCCACUAAGAGGGAAGUUGCCAUUAGAGUACGGAGAAACACGCUGAUCAUGUUCAUUUUAACACUGACAUUCAUCGUUACGACAGUGCUGUACUUUGUGCUUAUCACUUUUAUCGCUAGUUCAAAAAAUAUUCUGCAAUAUUUGUCUGACGGUCAAAAAGCAGUUUAUUUCUUUUUCUUGCGUUUGUAUUUUAUAAAUCACAUCAUAAAUCCAGCUGUGUAUGGGUUACUAGAUCCCCAGUUUCAAAGUGCGCUGAGAAAGAUAAAGAAGAAAUAAAACAAUUAAAUCAUGUUGUUGGAUUUUGAAGCAACCAGUCUGCUGUAUUUUUCCAUAACAGAUCUUUUUGUUGUUGACCUGCUUUGCGAUGUAUGGAUGUAUGGUUGUGUUUGGGAAGCUCUGUGCUUCCGGGAAAUCUACCCUUUUUUCGAGGUGUGUAAUCUCUCAUCUUCAUCUUAUACCACUUGUGUAUUUGUAUUAUUGUUGUAGUUAAGUCAAACUGUCUUGAUGAUUGAAAAGGAAGUAACUAUUAACUUCUUCAUCGUGCUGUUAACAUAUUAAAACUAAUUUGUAUUUUCAUCGCAUUAUACAUGUAUAUAAAUGCAUAACUUUAUCAUGUUAUAUAUCUUAUAUAGAAAAUGUUAGUAAAUAGUUAAAUAUUAGUUAAUAAGCCGCAACAAAACGUUUAUAUUUCUAACCUUAAAAAAUGUUCAUAAUUACUUCACAAAUCACAAUUAAAAUCACUGAAGUUUU